GGCUAGAGGGUGGGCCGCCGCUGGACCCUGCGCGCGCGCCCGCCACCAACUUUCCCUCCAGACCCGAGAGGGACGGCGCGCUCCGCCCCCGCCCCCGGGCCGCGCACGUCCGUGCUCGGUGGCGCGCACGCCUGCGGGAGCCCUCUCCAGGCAACCUAGUGCUGAUCGCUCGUGCCGGUGCGGCCGUUAACCGCCCUUGCGGGAGCCCGAGGCUCAAGAGCAGCCCCCCCUUCCUGGGCUUUCCCCCACCCACUUCCCGGUCGGCCCCCGGGCAUGAACAGCCAUGGCCGGCUGCAGCCCUGAGGAGAAAACUUACCGGCGCUUCCUGGAGCUAUUCCUGGGCGAGUUUCGCGGACCGUGCGGCGGCGGCGAGCCGGAGCCGGAACCCGAACCCGAGUCGGAGCCCGAGCCCGAACUGGUAGCGGCCGAGGCGGCCGAGGCUUUGGUCGAGGAGCCCGGGGAGGAGGCGGCCACCAUAGCCGCGACAGAGGAGGGGGGGCAAGAGCAGGAGCAAGACCCCGAGCCCGAUGAGGAGGCGGUGGAGGAGGAGGCGGUAGCGGCGGCGGAGGGCGAGGAGGAGGAGGCGGCGGCUGCCCGGGGCCAGUCGGCCGUGCCGCCGCCGCAGCCCCAGCUGCCGCCGCUGCCCCCGCUCCCGCGGCCGCUGUCGGAGCGCAUCACCCGUGAGGAGGUGGAGGGCGAGAGCCUGGACCUGUGCCUGCAGCAGCUCUACAAAUAUAACUGCCCUUCCUUUUUGGCUGCUGCUUUAGCUAGAGCCACAUCAGACGAAGUGCUUCAGAGUGAUCUUUCUGCACAUUAUAUACCAAAGGAAACAGAUGGCACAGAAGGGACUGUGGAGAUUGAGACAGUGAAGUUGGCCCGUUCUGUCUUCAGCAAACUACACGAGAUUUGCUGCAGCUGGGUGAAAGACUUCCCUCUCCGCAGGAGACCCCAGCUUUAUUACGAGACCUCAAUCCAUGCCAUCAAGAACAUGCGCAGGAAAAUGGAGGACAAACAUGUCUGCAUUCCUGACUUUAAUAUGCUCUUCAACCUAGAGGACCAGGAAGAACAAGCUUACUUUGCAGUGUUUGAUGGCCAUGGGGGAGUGGAUGCUGCCAUUUAUGCCUCCAUUCACCUGCAUGUUAACUUAGUACGCCAGGAGAUGUUCCCCCACGAUCCUGCUGAGGCCCUGUGCCGGGCCUUCCGGGUCACCGAUGAGCGGUUUGUGCAGAAAGCAGCCAGGGAGAGCUUAAGAUGUGGGACCACAGGAGUGGUGACUUUUAUCAGAGGCAACAUGCUACAUGUGGCCUGGGUGGGUGAUUCCCAGGUUAUGCUUGUGAGAAAGGGCCAAGCUGUUGAACUAAUGAAGCCACAUAAACCGGACAGAGAGGAUGAAAAGCAGCGCAUUGAGGCCCUUGGAGGUUGUGUAGUCUGGUUUGGUGCCUGGAGGGUGAAUGGAAGUCUAUCGGUCUCCAGAGCUAUUGGAGAUGCUGAACAUAAGCCAUAUAUCUGUGGGGAUGCAGAUUCUGCAUCUACUGUUUUGGAUGGAACUGAAGACUACCUCAUUCUAGCCUGUGAUGGCUUCUAUGACACCGUGAAUCCCGAUGAGGCAGUGAAAGUUGUGUCUGACCACUUGAAGGAGAAUAAUGGAGACAGCAGCAUGGUUGCCCACAAAUUAGUGGCAUCAGCUCGUGAUGCCGGGUCAAGUGAUAACAUCACUGUUAUUGUGGUAUUCCUGAGGGACAUGAACAAAGCUGUAAAUGUUAGUGAGGAAUCAGACUGGACAGAGAACUCUUUUCAAGGAGGGCAAGAAGAUGGUGGGGAUGAUAAGGAGAAUCAUGGAGAGUGCAAACGCCCUUGGCCUCAGCACCAGUGCUCAGCACCAGCCGAUCUAGGCUAUGAUGGGCGUGUGGAUUCAUUCACUGAUAGAACUAGCCUGAGCCCAGGGUCCCAAAUCAACGUGCUGGAAGACCCAGGCUACCUAGAUCUCACUCAAAUAGAAGCAAGCAAACCUCAAAGUGUCCAGUUUUUGCCACCAGUUGAGAUGUUUGGUCCUGGUGCACCAAAGAAAGCAAAUCUAAUUAAUGAGCUAAUAAUGGAGAAAAAAUCAGUUCAAUCAUCAUUGCCUGAACGGAGUGGUGCUGGAGAGUUUCCCUCUUCUUUUAAUUUGGGUUCAAAAGGGCAACAGAUAUACAGAAUGGAGAGCUUGUCUCCUGUCUGUUCUAGGUUGGAAAAUGAACAGUUCAAAUUCCUGGGAAAGAGAGUUUCUAGAUUGUCUCAUUUACGUUACCACUACUCAAAGAGGUGGCAUGGAUUCAGGUUUAAUCCAAAGUUUUAUUCAUUUCUCUCUGCUCGAGAGCCUUCCCACAAAAUAGGCACUAGCCUGUUCUCACUUAUUCAAAGUGGGAAGAGAAAUAGGAUGUUGAGAAGUUCUCUGCCAUGGAGGCAAAGCAGUUGGAAAGGGUGCAGUGAAAACAUGAUGAGGAAGCUCAGAAAGAGUAACGAUAUGCCAUACCCAGAUCUUCCCUGGAGCUAUAAAAUAUAAUACUUUCUCUUUCAAGUAGGCUAGGUAGCUCUCCCCCCAAUAAAAACACCACUAUAAGAGUAGAAACAAGAUAUACAUUUCUGAAAUAUAUGUGCUUCAUUAUAAAACCAUGGAUGGCUCAAUUCUUAAAUGUAAAUUGAUCUCUAGGAAACUCAAAAUAGUGUUUUCAAUCUAAAAAAGUAUUGGCGGUUUCACUAGCAAAAUUAUACAACUGGUCCCUGUGAUGUGUCGCCACACCUACACACAACCCUCACCCACUGCCCUUCACGCCACUAGUGGAAGCUUGCAAGUUAGUUAUUUCAGUCAGGUUACAGUGUUGAAAUCUCAACGCAGUUGAAAUCUGGUCUGAUGUGCCUAAUAUAUCUAUGGAAAACAAUGCAGAAUUUGAUUUAGUUGGGAAACAUUUCUCAAAAGACAGAACUAUAAAGGAAACUCUUCUCCCUUUUUUUUCAGUAGGUAAAAGACUAAAAGCCAUAUGGGUCUUAACUGGUAACAAUGAAAGUAGAAAACCAGUGUAAAAAUGUCAUAUUCUCAGACUUGUGAGGCAGUAUAUAGUCAAAAAGAUUUACUGAUUUUUUUUUUCUGUAACAUAAUAGACUAUGAAAAUUUUUUGAAUUAAAAAGUAUUUCCUAGGGCUGUAGCUAUGUGGGAGUUUCAUAACCUGUUAUGGUGCUCUUGGUGGAAUUUUUAUUAUUUGUCAUUUUAGAAGACUGGUUUUAACUUGUGAUGCUAAUAUGUUUUUCACUGUACCUUCAUCUCAGGAAUAAAACUAGUUUAAUGGAGAUGAUGUCAGGUACAAAUAUACUAGAAUCAAGUUGCCAUUUAAAAAGAAAAUCAAAUAGUAUUUCUAUUUUUUCUGCCUUUUUUUUUUAA